GUUUCAUUUAGCGAACACUUCGACUUGCGAACACAAUAACAAGCUGUCUUUAAAAAUUACAUGUUUCUCUACGAGCUCUGAAGGUUUAUUGACACCAUUAACAAUCAUAUUUUAUCCUUUUAAAGGUUUAUUUUUUAAAUGCGUCAUACCAAAUUAACAACCGCGUUUUUGUUUCUCCUGGGCUUCCGUAGUAGCGCUCUGCCUGCUGACUACUUGGCAUUAAAACCAUUAAAACCAGUGAAAGGCAGCUUUAAAAACCUCUGACACGUCAAAACUGCUGUGAUCGGAACAAUGAGCCGGACUUAUAACGAUGAGCUGCAGUUUCUGGAUAAAAUCGGCACAAACUGCUGGAGGAUUAAAAAAGGUUUUGUCCCCAACAUGCAGGUUGAAGGAAACUUCUACGUCAACGAUUCUCUGGAGAAACUGAUGUUUGAGGAGCUUCGCAACGCCUGUAGAGGAGGAGGUUUCGGUGGAUUCCUUCCAGCCAUGAAGCAGAUCGGGAACGUGGCGGCGCUGCCGGGGAUCGUCCACAGGUCCAUCGGCCUGCCGGACGUUCACUCCGGUUAUGGAUUUGCGAUCGGAAACAUGGCGGCCUUCGACAUGAGCGACCCCGACGCCGUGGUGUCUCCAGGCGGCGUCGGUUUCGACAUCAACUGCGGCGUGCGGCUGCUGAGGACGAACCUGGACGAGGGCGACGUCCAGCCGGUGAAGGAGCAGCUCGCCCAGUCGCUGUUCGACCACAUCCCAGUGGGAGUCGGCUCCAAGGGGGUCAUCCCCAUGGGGGCCAAGGACCUGGAGGAGGCGCUGGAGAUGGGUGUGGACUGGUCCCUGAGGGAGGGCUACGCGUGGGCCGAGGACAAGGAGCACUGUGAGGAGUACGGCCGCAUGCUGCAGGCCGACCCCAACAAGGUCUCCUCCAAGGCCAAGAAGAGGGGCCUGCCCCAGCUGGGGACUCUGGGAGCAGGAAACCACUACGCUGAGAUCCAGGUGGUGGACGAGAUCUACAACGACUACGCCGCCAAGAAGAUGGGCAUUGACCACAAGGGACAGGUGUGUGUGAUGAUCCACAGCGGCAGCAGAGGCCUCGGACACCAGGUCGCCACAGACGCUCUGGUUGCCAUGGAGAAGGCGAUGAAGAGAGAUAAGAUCACGGUGAACGACCGUCAGCUGGCGUGCGCUCGCAUCACGUCACAGGAAGGACAGGACUACCUGAAGGGCAUGGCGGCCGCCGGGAACUACGCCUGGGUCAACCGCUCGUCCAUGACCUUCCUCACCAGACAGGCGUUCUCUAAAGUGUUCGGUACGACGCCGGACGACCUCGACAUGCACGUCAUCUACGACGUUUCUCACAACAUCGCCAAGGUGGAGGAGCACAUCGUGGACGGGAGGCAGAAGACGCUGCUCAUCCACCGCAAAGGAUCCACCAGAGCCUUCCCCCCACACCACCCACUGAUCCCCGUCGACUACCAGCUGACAGGUCAGCCGGUUCUGAUUGGAGGGACGAUGGGGACGUGUAGUUACGUCCUGACGGGGACGGAGCAGGGGAUGACGGAGACGUUCGGCACCACGUGUCACGGAGCGGGCCGCGCUCUAUCUCGAGCGAAGUCCCGCAGGAACCUCGACUUCCAGGACGUCCUGGACAAACUAGCGGAUCAGGGCAUCGCCAUCCGGGUGGCCUCGCCCAAACUCGUCAUGGAGGAGGCUCCUGAAUCGUACAAAAAUGUGACGGACGUGGUGAACACGUGUCACGACGCAGGAAUCAGUAAGAAGGCGAUCAAACUGCGGCCGAUCGCUGUGAUUAAAGGCUGAAGCUGCAGAGACUCCUAAAGACUUUUACUCUGAAACAGGAAGUCGUCUGGACUCCUGGGAAGCAGAGGAUGUUCGCUUCAUUUUUUUUUCUUUAUGUUGUGGGGAAUGAAUUUAUGUUUGAAAAUGUUAUUUCUAACCUAGAAAAAAAAGGUGGAUUUUUUUGUGUUGAUGCCAAAUGUGAUGGAAAUAAAGCGAAGCACUUCAAACUGAGUUUUUUAUUUUUUAUUUUAACUGAACACAAAACUCUCAAACUACUGACAUUUUCUGAAAAUUUAAAACCCAACUAUAACUUUAAGUUUU